CUCUCUCUGUCUUCAUCAUCCAAAAGCUCCUCCUUCUCCACUCACCCUCUCUCUCAUCUCUCUACACACACAAGACAAUCAAUCAUACACAGACGAACCCCCCUAGAGAGAGAGAGAGAUCGACACAAGUCUCAGCCUGAUCAAGUUUUGUAGAUUUGACCGGAACUUAAAAAGCUUUGAGAAGGAGAGGAAGAAGAAGCAUGCGGAGGUGGAUCUGUUGUGGUGGGCACAGAUCAGGUGAUUCUGAUAUUUCAAAUGAUGAGAAACAUCUCAAAACUCAAUGGCACCACCAACAACCUGCUGAUGCAGCAAAUAAUAAGCAGCCAAGACCACAACCUGUUGCAAAACCUGAUCCCCCCAAGGAAGCACUCCCCAUUGAAGUCCCUCCCUUGUCUGUUGAAGAGGUUGAAGAAAAGACUGACAAUUUCGGAUCAAAGUCGCUCAUCGGGGAAGGAUCUUACGGAAGAGUGUACUACGCAACUCUUAGCGAUGGUAAUAAAGCUGUUGCGUUGAAGAAACUCGAUGUUUCCCCUGAAGCUGAGUCAAACACCGAGUUCUUGACUCAGGUUUCAAUGGUUUCAAGAUUGAAGCACGAGAACUUCAUUCAGCUGGUCGGUUACUGCGUAGACGAGAACCUCCGUGUUCUUGCUUACGAGUUCGCAACCAUGGGAUCGCUCCACGACGUUCUGCACGGUAGAAAGGGAGUUCAAGGUGCGCAGCCAGGUCCGACGCUCGACUGGAUAACGAGGGUGAAGAUAGCCGUCGAGGCAGCUAGGGGAUUAGAGUACCUUCACGAGAAGGUUCAGCCUCCUGUGAUACACAGAGACGUGAGGUCUAGCAACGUGCUUCUUUUCGAAGACUAUCAAGCGAAAGUGGCUGAUUUCAAUCUCUCGAACCAAGCUCCUGAUAACGCUGCUCGUCUUCACUCUACGAGAGUCUUGGGAACCUUUGGCUAUCACGCUCCAGAAUAUGCUAUGACUGGGCAGCUGACGCAGAAGAGUGAUGUGUAUAGCUUUGGGGUUGUGCUUCUUGAGCUUUUGACAGGGAGGAAACCUGUGGAUCACACAAUGCCACGUGGACAACAGAGUCUUGUAACCUGGGCUACACCGAGACUCAGUGAAGAUAAAGUGAAGCAGUGUGUUGAUCCGAAGCUAAAAGGAGAGUAUCCUCCUAAAUCAGUAGCUAAGCUAGCAGCGGUGGCAGCACUGUGUGUGCAAUAUGAAUCAGAGUUUAGACCGAAUAUGAGUAUCGUUGUGAAAGCUUUGCAGCCACUUCUCAAGCCUCCAGCGCCAGCCCCUGUUGUACCUGAGUCCUCAUGAGUUUGUGCGUUAAAGAGUUGUUGGAUUCUUUGUUCAUACAAAGUUUUAGUUUUGUAUUUUUUGGUGUGAAAAGGAGGAGGGGAUGGUACUUUUGAUGUUUUGCAUUUGUUAUUGUCUGGAUUGGGAACAACAAAAGAUGUAUCGCGUUUGCUGUUUCUUUUUUUUGACAUUUCCUUAGGGAAUCAUUUGAAUAUUUGGUCUCAUUGACAAGUCUUUUUCAAGGUUAUAAUCUGAUUCUCUCUUACCAUUUAUAUUA